UCCGUGGCCGGCGACUCGCUCCGCCGCUCCGCCGCUCGGGCUUCGGCUGCCCUCGGCCCGGCGCCCCUCGGCCCCCUCCCUGCCGGCCGGACAGGAAGGAGCCAUGGCAGGGCCGGCGCUCCGCAGGGGCCCCGUGCGGCUGCUCGUCCUGCUGGCGCUCCUGGAGCUGAGCCUGGCGGGCUCCCUCGCACCCGGAUCUCCUCUCCGGACCUCGCCUGAGAACCACAUCGACCCCCGGGCCCCCGCGCCGUGGACGCCCCAGGCCAGCCACCACCGCCGGCGGGGCCUGGGCAAGAAGGAACGGGGCGCCGGCUUGCCUGGGGCUGUGGCCACCGCCUCCAGGCUACCGGGUCAGAGCCCUGCAGGCCUGCGGGACAAGGACCUGCUCCUGGGGCUGGCGCUGCCCCACCCCGAGAAGGAGCACCGGUCUCCGGGGUGGGAGAGGGCGAGGAGCCGCGGGCGCGAGCGCAAGAGGCGCAGGGAUAGAGCGAAGCUGCACAGAGGCGGAGCGCUGGUCCGAGGCCCCAGCUCCCUGAUGAAGAAGGCAGAGCUCUCUGAGGAGCUGACGCUGGACACCACCAUGGAGGAGUCUUCCACCAGCCUGGCCCCCACCAUGCUCUUCCUCACCACCCUGGAGGCAGCGCCCGCCACAGAAGACUCCCUGGUCCUUCCUGCCACCUCCCUGCACCCCCAGGUGCCACCCAGGUCCGAUGGGGAGGUGAUGCCCACGCUGGACAUGGCCUUGUUUGACUGGACUGAUUACGAGGACUUAAAACCUGAGGUCUGGCCUGCUGUGAAAAAGAAAGAGAAAUGGAGUCCAUUCUCCAGCAGUGAUAACGAGACAUCGCCAGUGGAAGGGGAGCCCUGUGACCAUCACCAAGACUGCCUGCCAGGGACCUGCUGUGACCUGCGGGGACACGUCUGCAUACCCCACAACCGCGGCCUCAACAACAAAUGCUUCGACGACUGCAUGUGCAUGGAAGGGCUGCGCUGCUACGCCAAAUUCCACCGGAACCGCAGGGUCACGCGGAGGAAGGGCCGCUGCGUGGAGCCCGAGACGGCCAACGGCGCCCAGGGCUCCUUCAUCAACGUCUAGCCGCCACUUGCCUGGGGACUGAGCCCAGAGGCGCUGAGAAGCCGGGAGACUUGUGUGUAACUAGAGGAGGGAGAUGGAGUGGGGGACCGAGCGGCUGGGGCAGCUGGGAGCUCCAGCCGCCCCUGUCCAGGAGCUGAAAAGCGGCGCCCCUGCGCCUGCGCAUCUGCGUCGUCCCCGCCCCGUGAGCUCCGCAGUGGCCGCGCAGAGAGUGCCCUCUGCCGUCCGAUAGCAGCACUGCAGCGGUUUGAAAACUAGCAGUGGGUUUUGGAGAGUCAAGCGAAAGGGCACGCUGGGCAGGAGAGUCUGGAAUACCCCCAUGUUCCGGGCGCGGGGCUAAGCGCGCGGCAUGCAUCACCUCAGUGAAUCCCCACAGCAGCCUUUCCGAGUAGGCAUUCUCAUUUUCCAGGUAAGGACACAGCCACACUCGAGUGACAAAUUUGUCCAGGGACCCGGAUGGAAGCUCCUCGAGCCUUAACGUGUGUAAGAGUCACCUGGGGACCUAGCUAAGAUGCGGACAGGGAGAUUUGAACCCGGGCCAGGGGCAUAGAUCAACAAGGCCUUGUUCCUGCCCUUCCACAGCUGAGAACUUAGACCAAUUUCUCCAUGGCUUCCGGCAAGAAAAAUGCAUCUCCUGGUAGUUCCUUUUGCUAUAGCUGGAAUAUUUGUCUGUUCUCAGCCUCCCUUGGACACAGGUGCAUCUUUUUUUAUUUAUGUAAAUGCUCAUUAAUCACCUGCUUGCAGUAAGGGAAGAUCCGGGCAGAUUGGUCCCCCCACCCUCAGGUAGCUGAUAUCUUGAGACAUAGUGUUUGGGGGAGACAGUAAUGUUGUUCCUUGAAUUCCUGUGACCCUGCUUAUCCCACUCUGGGACUUGCACUUCCAAGUUGUCCUGAGAGAUUCUGCCACAGCAGUUCUGAUGCACACACGGUCUCUAAGAAGGACUCAAGUCACCCAAAUACGCCCACUUCGCCUAUCAUUUACUGUUUCAUGGCCCUCCCAGACAUCCCUGAGCUCUAUCCCACAGUGGGAAGUGGGGGCACCUCUGCCUUGAAGCACCCCAACAGGCCAAAUGCAUGAUGCCCACCCAGAACGUCUGACUGAGCACUUCCAGCUCCAGGGCCACCUCCACAGAGCCAUUUAAAUCCCCUCACCUGGCAUCUGAACCUUCUGGUCGGCGCAAACCAGGCUGCAAAUGACAAAAGCCUUCCCCAUCCAAGUCCUCACUGGCCUGGACCCUGGCCAGAGGGUGAUGGGGCUGUUUACUGCUUUGGGGAAAUCAGUCAGGGUCAGAGUUGGGCACCAAGGAAGAUAACAGACCUAGAAGAAAUCAAAUAUGCUUGCUCUUCUCUCACUGUCCUGGUCUGAUAGGCAUGGGAAUCUUGGGGGCAGAGGGAGGGCAGGAGAACUGAAAGGGAUCAAAGCCGGCUGGUGGGAAAGCGGAUCUGCAAGCAGUUUUGUGUUUGAGGCCAGCCCAGCCCAGCUGCACGCUGGGGGACCCUCCCACCCGCUGGGGAUUGUGCAGCCUCUGUGGGAGCUGAACCCUAUGAGGGGCUGCAGAGAACCAGCAUUGCCAGGACUGCUGAAGCCCCCGGAAGUCAGCAAUGGAAACACAGAGGGUCAGGCCAGAACUAAAAGGGCCUGUGCUUGGAAAUUCCAGGCCUCUCUUUGCCCCAGCUACCUCCAUUUUGCCUUUACAAAGUGGGGAUGGGAGAGUAGAAUCCUCUUAACUCUCAAGCUGGGGAUCCCAGCGCCCCCUCAAAUGUUGAAUCCACCCCACCAGGACAUUCUUAAGUUUCUUCUAGAUCUAAUUAAGUUUCUUUUUUGGGGGGGGGGGUACCGGGGAUCGAACUCAGGUCCUUGGGCUUUCGAGGCAGGAACCGGAACCACUAAGCUAAAUCCCCAGCCCUCUAAUUAAGUUUCUUCUGCUGGUACAGAAGCCAACUUCCUCCAGUCCAGAAUUCAGCAAACCUUUAGGCUUUGCAGAGCAUAGGGUCUCUGCCAAACUACUCCACUCUGCCACAGCCGUGGACAAGGUAAGAAUGAAUCGGCGUGGCUCCAUGCCAGUAAAACCAUUUAUAGACACAGACUUGAAUUUCAUAUGACUUCCCCAGGUCACAAAAAUAAUAUUUUGAUUUCUUAAAACUAUUUAAAAAUGUAAAACAAAAACAAAAGCUUAGCUUGAAGAUUGCAGAAAAAGAGGCAGGGGGUAGGGGCCGGAUUUAGCUCAGUGGUUUCCCCACCUGCUGCGCAAGCGCAAGGACCCAAGUUCAAUCCCUGGUACCAAAAAAAAAAAAAAAA